CGCAUACCAAGGACGCUUGUCGUUGAAACAGGUGCUUGCCUGUUCAGAAGCGUGAUUGUUUCAGUUCGUUUUGCAGAUAAUUAACAUGGCUGAGACAAUGGGAGGCUACAACAAGGAUGAUCUUCUAAAACAAGCUCAGAAUAUCUGGACGAUGCUGGACGAUAUGGCGGCAAACAAUCCCCAGGGUUACAAACAGUUCAUGGACAAACAGAUGAAGGAAGGAAAACAGGCCUUGGCGCCACCAAAUCCACACAUGGUUGUCAAGACAACUAUGCUGAAACCUGAAAAAGAUGAACUGUACAUCAAUUUUUGUUCAUGGGCUAAAGUUCCGGGACCAAAAACCCCAGAUGAUGCUGUUCCUGUGAUUGGAGUGCCAAUUGAACAGAUGGAAGACAGAAUAGAUCGCUAUAGGAUGACAUCUGUCUCCUUCAAUCCACAAGUGUUAGACAAAUACGGCCGAGACUCUUCCAACUUGACAGAUCGAGACACACUGAUUAAUCUAGCCAUGGACUAUAUAGAAGAUCAACAAAAAGUCAAAGUGAGUCGGCGUUACACAAUACUUGACAGAGACACACCGCACAAAGGCUGCCUCAAACAUAUUCAGAAGAGCUUCACUUCCAAGAACAAAGACGACAAAGAAUUUGAGUCCAAUCUUGAAAACCUAGAAAAGUCCUUUGGCCCUCUAGGACAUGGUGGCAAGGAUAAAUUAAUGGAAGCACUAGCCAAUAUCAGUGUCGGUGACAGCCAAUCAAAUUCAAGUAUUCCCAAAUCUGACCAAUCACAAAUCAAAAUGCCUUUUGAGGAGAAAACGGCAACAAGGUCAAAUUUGAUUGAAGAAAUAGCAUCGGAUGUUGUGUUUUUAAGGAAACCAGAGUACAGCAUGGAAACAGUUGAUGUGGACAGUGGAAAAUGUGUGCAGGUGAAAAUUUCUUUACCAGAAGUGACCAGUGUCCAGGAGUGUGAAUUGGAAAUAUCCCAGGAUGAUGUGACUCUGCUGGUCCCUGACAGGUUUGAGCUUCAUCUGCAACUUCCACAUCCCGUGGAUGAGGAGCGUGCCACAGCCAAGUUCAACAAGAAACAUUCCUCACUCAAUAUCACCAUGCCAUGGUCUCAGUGACCUUGGCCUCAACUCAUGAAGGACAAGACUUACAUUACUCUGUUUUAUUUGAUGUUUACAAUCUCAUUAACAUCAGAUCUUAGUUCUCACUAUCGCUAAACAAAGAUCUGAGGACAUCCCAUUACGGGUCACGUCAGAACGACCUUUUGCGAAUUUUGACCGACCAAUGAAAUGACUGACA